GCUGCCUGCUGGGAGCCAAAGCGAAAGCACUUGGGCUGGAACUAGGACAAGAGUCAGGACACCGGGAGAGGGAGUGCACAAGCUACCCAGCGCUGGGACCCCAGAGGCUGGGAAGGGCCUCUCACCCCUGUCACCCACAGACACGGGGCUGAGUGGGGUCAGGGGCGGGGAGCCUGCCCCCCCUCGGGGGGGCAGGACGGGGCCUCAGGCCUCAGUGCUGCCUGGCACCUGGAAGAUGCCUGUGCCCUGGUUCUUGCUGUCCUUGGCCCUGGGCCGAAGCCCCGUGGUCUUCUCUCUGGAGAGGCUUGUGGAGCCUCAAGACACUGCCUACUGCUCUCCGGGCCUUUCCUGCCACCUCUGGGAUGGUGACACGCUUUGCCUGCCUGGAAGCAUCGUGCCUGUCCCCGGCCCUGUGCUGGUGCCUACACACCUGCAGACAGAGCUGGUGCUGAGGUGCCACCAGGAGACCGACUGUGGCAUCUGUGUUCGUGUGGCUGUCCACUUGGCCGUGCAUGGGCACUGGGAAGAGCCCGAAGAUGAGGAAACGCUCGGAGGAGCAGCUGACCAAGAGCUUGAGGAGCCCAGGAAUGCCUCUCUCCAGGCCCAAGUCGUGCUCUCCUUCCAGGCCUACCCCACCACCCGCUGCGUCCUGCUGGAGGUGCAAGUUCCUGCUGCCCUUGUGCAGCCUGGUCAGUCUGUGGGCUCUGUAGUAUUUGAUUGCUUCGAGGCUGCCCUGGGGGGUGAGAUGCGAAUCUGGUCCUACACUCAGCCCAGGUAUCAGAAGGAACUCAACCUCACACAGCAGCUGCCUGCCUUGCCCUGGCUCGACGUGUCUACAUAUGGUGAUGACGUGCGCCUGGUGCUGAAUGUCUCUGAGGAGCAGCGCUUUGGCCUCUCCCUGUACUGGAAUCAGGUCCAGGGCUCCCCAAAGCCCUGGUGGAACAGAAACCUGGUGAGGCCUCCCCCUCCCCGAGCCCAUGCCCACUCUAGGGGGGAUGCCCAUGGUAAGGAGGUGUGUGCAUUAUCAAAGAGGACCCCUGAAGAGGACACACCCGAAGCAAGGGAACAUUGGUGGGGGAACUUCUGCCCACCUGGUUUCCUUGACUUUGGCCUCCCCUUCUUCUUCCUCCUUAUCUUCUCCAACUGCCUCUUUUUGCUUGUCCCACAGACUGGGCCACAGACCAUUACCUUGAACCACACAGACCUGGUUCCCUGCCUCUGUAUUCAGGUGUGGCCCCUGGAGCCCGACUCCGUCAGGACGGACAUCUGCCCCUUCAAGGAGGACCCUCGCGCACACCGGAACCUCUGGCAUGCCGCUCGGCUGCGGCUGCUGUCCCCGCGGAGCUGGCGACUGGAGGCGCCGUGCUCGCUGCACGCUGAGGCGGGGCUGUGCUGGCAGGCACUGGGUGGGGGCCCCUGCCAGCCGCUGGUCCCGCUGCUGCCCUGGGAGAAUGUCACUGUGAACGAGGCCCGCGAAUUCCCGUUGUUAAAAGGCCACCCUAACCUCUGUGUCCAGGUGAGCAGCUGGGAGAAGCUGCAGCUGCAAGAGUGCUUCUGGGCUGACUCCCUGGGGCCCCUCAAGGAUGAUGUGCUGCUGGUGGAGACACGAAGGCCCCAUGACAGCAGAUCACUCUGUGCUUUGGAACCCAGCGGCUGUACUUCACUGCCCAGCAGGGCCUCCACGAGAGCAGCUCACCUCGGAGAGCAGUUACUACUAGACCUGCAGUCAGGCCAGUGUUUGCAGCUGUGGGAUGAUGACCUGGGAGCCCUAUGGGCCUGCCCCAUGGACAAAUACAUCCACAAGCGCUGGGCCCUGGUGUGGCUGGCCUGCCUACUCUUUACCGCUGUGCUUUUCCUCCUCCUCCUUCUCAAAAAGGACCACGUGAAAGGGUGGCUGAGGCUCUUGAAGCAGGACGUCCGCUCGGGGGCGACCACCAGGGGCCGCGCGACUUUGCUCCUCUACUCGGCUGAUGACGCGGGCUUCGAGCGCCUGGUGGGCGUCCUGGCGUCAGCGCUGUGCCAGUUGCCGCUGCGCGUGGCCGUGGACCUGUGGAGCCGUCGUGAACUGAGCGCGCAGGGGCCCCUGGCCUGGUUCCACGCGCAGCGGCUCCAGACCCUGCAGGAGGGCGGCAUGGUGGUCCUGCUCUUCUCGCCCGGGGCCGUGGCGCUGUGCAGCGAGUGGCUGCAGGACCCGGCGCCAGCGCCUGGGGCGCACGGCCCGCACGACGCCUUCGCCGCCUCGCUCAGCUGCGUGUUGCCCGACUUCUUGCAGGGCCGGGCGCCGGGCCGCUACGUGGGGGCCUGCUUCGACAGACUGCUCCACCCGGAUGCCGUGCCCGCCCUUUUCCGCACCGUGCCCGUCUUCUCACUGCCCUCGCAGCUGCCCGACUUCCUGGGGGCCCUGCAGGGGCCCUGCGCUCGCCGCCCCAGGCGGCUAGGGGAGACGGUGGAGCAGGUGUCCCGGGCCCUUCAGCAAGCCCUGGACAGCUGCUUCCAGACCCCGAGGGCCCCGGGGCCGGGACGCACGAUGGGACCUGAGGCGGGGGACCAGACUUGAAUAAAGGCAGACGCUAUUUUUCUAUCC